AUGUCCCAUUCUGGCCGGGGACGGGGUCGUGGGCGCGGAGAGGGGCGUUCCGAGCUCAGUCGCGAGGUAGUCGUUUCGAAGGCAUUAAGCUACAUCUUACGGCACGCGGCGGAAAGAGAAGGGUUGAAAAUUGACAGGCAUGGUUAUGCCAACGUCGCUGAUCUUUUAGCAUGGCGGAAACUGAAAUCCCUAAAAGUCACCUUCCCAGAAAUUCUAAACGCGGUCUCCACCUCCGACAAACAACGGUUUGGUCUCCUGUAUAAACCCCCACACUCGCAUGAUGCCUCGGAGACUACGACCACACCACCCACAGACCCUUGCAAGCAAGAUGAGCACGACUCUCCCACUGCAACUGCAACCGCAACCGCAACCGCAACCGCCCAAGCCCUAGCCGCCAACGACCCAGAACCCACCCACUACCUCAUCCGCGCCACGCAAGGCCACAGCAUAAAAACCGUCGAAGCCGCCUCCCUCCUCGAAAAGCUCUCCCUUCCCUCCGCCAACUCCUCCGCCCCGGCGCUCCCGGACACCGUCGUGCACGGCACCUACCAUGCCGCCUGGCCGUUGAUACUCGCGUCUGGCGGCCUACGAUGCAUGAGCAGGAACCACAUACAUUUCGCCACGGGGCCGGCGCUAUCCAGUGUAUUACCCGAAGGGCGCGGGGGAUCUAUUGUUGUGCGUGAUAGGAGUGCUGGUGCUGGUGCUGGCGGGGUGAUAUCCGGGAUGCGAACUGAUGCGCAGAUACUGAUAUAUAUUGAUUUGAAGAAGGCGUUGGAGGCCGGCGUGCCGUUUUGGAGAAGCGAGAAUGGAGUUAUUUUGAGUGAGGGGGUGGAUUUGGGGAUUGGGGUUGUGGGGGCCGAGCCUGGGGUUGCUGGGCGGAAGGGAGUUGGGUUGGAGUUUUUUGAUGUUGUUGUGGAGAGAAAGAACGGGUUAGGAGUCUUAUGGGAUAGGGAGAAGGGUGGCCUAGUGCUGGAGACGCCAGAGUGGAUGUUAAAGGCGAGAAAUCCGAAGGGCGGGGCGAGAAGGGGACCGUACAUCUUCUGCUCCGCUCUUGAACAACUAUUCAAUUGGUACCCUACCUACAAUACACCUCUCUCGGGCCUGGCAGUUUGCUCCCGCCUACCGUCAUCCGUCCGCGACAGGAUUCUUUUCCACAUCUGCUUCCCCGACGAGAACCAGCAUGGGUAG